UGUAUCGGGUCCAUAAACUGCACAAAUUUUAUUGGCAGCUUGAGAUGCAUUUUUGCCUUUGUCAUAGUAGUGCUGUAAAAUAUGUCGGAUUUUCUGUUUAUUUUGCUCCAUAUUUGCGACACUAUAACUCACGAACGACUUACCAAAAAAAAACACUGUCAAGGACUAUAUUAUAGCGCGCAAAAAUACCUUUCCAACAAACUAUAGUAUGACUCGAUACAAUGAAUACAACUAGAACUACGCGCUUAAAACGAAACCUCGCGGAAAUACCACAGGACUUUUUUGACAGCCUAAUAUAUCGUUCGUUUUAUUGCACAGAAGUUCACGUCCCGUCGCCGCAUCGCCGGUAAAUUAUUGACACCUGUUUUCAACAUAUCGAUAAUAGAGGAAUUGUCCCGGUUGCCGCUAUAGGUUACUCUCCGCCGACGCGUAUUAAAAUACAUUCGAUUCGGGAUUUUAUUUCGUCGAUACGUUGAGGUUUCGCGUUCACAAAAUCACAUCACAUACCACAGUGAAUCCUGAUUAUUACUCCUCCUCACUAACAAUUAUUUUCCAUGAUAAUCGCAGGGGAACCACGUUAUAGAAACCACCCCUCUUUCAAUAAUUUUUUACCUAACCAAGCCAAAUUUUUGACGUGAAUGUCCAAAACAAAUUUUCUCCACUCGGCUUUCAUCACUCACAACUUUUGAUGAACAAAACAUUGGCAGACGAACAACGUCUCGUUAACCAUGUUCACCAUUGGAAGAUAAAUAUUUUCAAAACAAACUACUGCCAAACUAUUACAGAACCGACCACUGUAGAUGCUGAUAUAGAAUGAACUGUGAUUUGAGAACCUCAUGCGGCGUCCCUAGCACUAAUGUAAUGAUUUUUACAACAUUAGAUUUUCGUGACAUAGUUUAUGAUUUAAAGUCGUGACUUGUUCAUGCACAAACAUCGUUUGAUGUUAUUAUUGGUUGCACCACUAGAACACCAAAAAAGUGGUACAAAUUAUUGUUCAACUAUUUUCAAUCUCUUAUCUUUCAAUUAAAAAAUGCUUUCACCCGUGUUUUGUAAAUGUUUUUUUCUUGCAUAAUUAAUUGGAACAAACAUCGCCGAUCAGUAUGAUGAAAAAAUUACCCAAUGUUAAGUUUGGGGGUGAAAACUCGGUCACCCUUAUGCCAAUAUAUUGAAAGAAAAUGAUGAUGUUUUAUUUGUUCCAGUAAUUAUUAUUAUUGCUUGUACAUAAACAGGAAUUUAUGUUAAUCUCACUAUUAGCAGCCCUGAUUGCUUCCAAUGGUGUAUAUUUGAGUUUUCGAUGUAUGCUUUCAGCAAUGUUCUGUAAACAAAUUACAACCAUCGACAAGUCCAGCUACAUCGUCCGUGACUCGUUUUCCAAUCGCCGCCAAUCAUUUCCUAGCUUCACCACCUUAAUUACUUUCCUUGUUGCGAAAUACCUACACCUGGUAAGUUUUCCUCCCAAGACGAGUGACCAUUCCAGGAACGUAUGCACUAAUUGAACCAUUUACUGCCAGUCACAAUCAGUUGGCGCACUCUAACUCCAACCAAAAUUUGCUCUCACUAUCAGCCAAGCUCUCGUGUUUUGGUGAGAAGAUCUCCAUAUUUGUUUUUUUUUAUUUGUUUGGCAACAAUAGCCACUUGUACCCUCAUUGCCCGACUCCGGUCUCUCUAUCGGCAGCUAUCAGACGCACGCAAAGCCAACUUUUGUUUCAGUUUGCCUUAUUGCUUCGCCAGUGAUAAUACGGUUUUGCGCGUGGGAGUAUUGGCUGCCGCUGGCGGCUUCGAACCCCAAACCUAACCAACCUGCCUGCCAAAGGUGUGGAAACAUCAAAAGUCAAGGCCCCACCCCCUCCGGGAUCAAAGUUUGCCAUUUUUCGGUUCCCAAUCACGUAGCUGCUGCCCUGUUUGGAAUUUGUAAGCCAGCUAGAAGGAACAUUAUGUUAAUUACGUGAAGGCAAACGAUCAGUCCCUGACACUAUCAACUCCGAUUUUGUACGCUUUGGAUCAUUCACCAUUCAAACCAUCAAAAUGAACGGCCUAACCACUUUGAACCGUUUGCUUGGCAAACGAAACAAGGAAGUUUCGAAGUCCACUACGAACCUUAGCCGGUCGACGACCAAUCUGGACACCUCUAGUCAGUACAACAAGAUUGUCCCGCUGGCCGCCAUGACGAACGCUCCGUUCGAACAAACCUUCCGGAUAACGGUACUGCUGCCACGGGACCAGCUGUACGUGGCCCGAAUCGGGGCCAAGACGCGACUUUCCGCGCUGAUGGAUAUGAUUUGCAGUGAUAAGCAACUAGAUGCGCAGAAAUAUCUCUUCCGACAUCCGGCCGACUACCAGCAGGGAUUCGAGCUAGACCUAACGAUCGGGGAGGUUGGGCUGAACGAGAUUCGACUGGUGUCUAAGAAGGAGCUGGAAAAUUUGCAACACAAUGAGUAUCGGCUGAGCACCAGCGAUAUUUUCCGGCUGCAUCAGAAAAACAUCCGCGAGAGUUCCGUGUCAUCGUCGGAUUUGAGUCGAACCUCUAAGAUGGUGCUCAAAACCACUAGUCCGUAUAGCUCGACUAAUUCCCUGAACUCUAUGGAUUCUUCUGGGAUGAGUUCUAGCUCGAGAGGAGGUGUUAACGGUAACCAGCAUCAUCCGCCGGUAGCACCGACCAGGAAGAAACGAAUGGCACCUCGGCCGCCCAGUCAGAACUCGAUUCCAGAGAAAGCACCUUUGGAAACAUGUAAAGAUGAUCACAUAUUCAAAGAACCCCAGCUUCCACCUUACUCUCAAAAAAACUUCCAUGUUUCCUCCCCCAAUCUAUACAACAAAGAGUUGAAAACCGCGGAUGUUGUGAACAACAAUCAUCACAGCAACAACAAUAAUAAUAAUAAUAAUAACGCCGAUUAUAACGGCUCGGAUAAGAUCAACAGAAAAGGACACCACACCGAAACCAUUGAAGAAAUGAAUAACAUCAUCAACACCAACACAUCGUACAGUACGCUCAAGAACAGACCCACGUCGAUGUACAUAAUCCGUAGCAACACCACGAUCGAAAGCCACCGGAAUGGCGGCAAUCUGCAGCGAGCGUCGCUCAACGGAACCGGGAGUAGUAUGCAGGAUAUCACCGUAAACCACUCGCGUACAUCCUCCAACUCUUCUGAGGUGAAGGAUCCCCGCGACUUCCAAGAAGGUCCGCAACUAAACCCCACCCCCAGGAAGCGGCUCGAUUCGAACGCGAAAAAAUCCAAAGCACCCGCUCCACCGCCACGCAGUGUAUCACUCGGAACAAAGCAGCCAGAUGCAGCAAUAGUACCAACACCGUCACCGAGGGCACCCUUAAAGGCGGCGACCACACCUAACGGUGCCAGAGACAGCGAUACGAUUAUCUCGGAAACGGAUUCGAACUUUAGCGAGCCGGAUGAGCUGGUCAAGGAGAUAGACAUAACCAACAACAACUUGGAUGCUGGGAAAAGCAACCUCAUGUCGCCGAAUCUAUCCCCCGUCCAUCCUCAAAACGUCUCCAAAGUAAUGCUUAAUGUAGAUCAAACGGCAGCUAACGAGCAGCCGAACAGCCUUCCCCCAGAGAUGGAACGUAAACCCACAACCGGAGCCUCCACAGUUUCCAUCAAAAUCAUUGAAAAGCCCCCAAUCACCAAUGGGCACCAGCAGGUUGAUCCCAAGCCAUCGACUCCGGUCACAUCGAAAGUUCACAUUGUACCGCCGCCACAACCAACCAGCAUCCAGGAGAGCGCAGUGGACCGGCGGUUCUCGAACGGCGGCAACAGUUCCGACGAGGAUGUCAAAAUUUACAACAUCGAGACAGGCAAAGAGAUGAGAAUUCCGGAGAAAAAAGGCCAUUCGGUGGAGGAGCAAAUCGAAGAGGAGGAAGAACAGUGGACCUACACGCUACCGGCGCCACCAAAAUUCGCCGAUUCAUCCAUCAAGUCCAGCGAGUACGACGAGAAGCAGCGCUAUUUUGACCUGCAGUCGACCUUUGUUGACAACACCACGAGCGUGACCGAUCGGAUGACGAUCCAUUCCGGGACCGAGACGGAGAUCAUUCGACCGAUCAUCCGGGAGAAGCUUCUGGUGGAGAAAGAGGAACAAACCUGCCCAUCACCAACAGUCACACUGAACGAGAGUGAGGGUGGCACUAGUAGUGUUACCACCGCGGAAAUUCUCAUCAGCUCCGACAUGGAGGAUGGAUACCGCGGGGGAAAUGAGAUACGCGAAAGUAUGCUUCAAACGCUGGAGAAGCGAUGGGAGAAGCUGAAGGAGAGUGAGCUGCAAGAUUUGAAGGAAGCCAUCGAAAGCGACCAUUUUCAGUCAAAUGGUAAGCGUGAGAGCGUGGAGGAGAAAGAAGGAUGGGUAUCGAACGAGAGUGAUAUUAUGAAGUGUGCCAAAUUGAACGAGGAAACGGUGGUAAAUGAUACUACGGUGGUCGCCAAGCGGAGUGUUUCAAGAUCGCAUUCAGCAGUUGAAACAAGGCCUCUGGUGAAUGGGAGAACGUUUAUAGAUUCUAAUAAAAGCGAUGUAAUCAGCGAGUUGUGUCAGGUUAUUAAGGAAGAUAGUGGAGUAAAGGCUGUUUUGAAUGGGAAGAAACCAGAGGAAGCGGAAAUUCCAGGAACUUGCACCACCAACUUGAGCAACUUCCAAAUAUCUGCCUAUAGCGAGCAGAGCAACGCAGAAGACCCUUUAAGCUUAAAACCUGUUGCGUUGAGUAUGGAAACGCAAGAGCAGACGGUGAAGUCCGCAAGCGAGGAUGAGAACGAAGUUAUCAUUCGACGCAAGUUCUCCGCGGAUUCAAUACAUCGCCUUAAGUUGAGCAGUGAUGAGGAUGACUCGGCCGGUAGUGGAGACACCACAUCCGCUAACAACAACAAACGGGAUGCCGGUCCGGUGAAGCGUCGUAGCCUCAGUGUUCUCGGCAAAUCUCCGAGGAACAUCAACCGAUCGGACUCGUUUCACUCGACGCGUUCGGAUUACUUGCAAUCGUUGAACAGCACGACCACCAACGGAUUGGGUCUGACGCCGCGGAGCACUUCAUACAUCUCGCUCAUUGGAGCGCAAAAAUUCGAGAAUCGUUUCGCGCAGAUGCAGCGGCGGAAGUCAACCAGCGAGAUGAGCAUUUGUGAUUCGCCCUCACUGCAGAGCUUGGAGGUGAUUAAAAAUAUAUUGAACACAUCCAAAAGUAAUCUGGCGCAGGAGAAACCGGAGAAACCAAACGCGAGGGAGAUUCUACCGAUGGCAGCUAUCAAGAGGAACAGUUUCACCGAUAUCUCCACGUUGGUACAGCUCAAAAGCGAGGUGGUUCGAAGUAAUUUGGUCAGACGCGAGAGUAUAGUGGAGAGGAAAAUUGAAGAAUUCGAAGACAAGAAAGUGGUCGAGGAGAUGGAAGAAUUCAAGCAGGUGGAAAAUAUUGUAUCGCUUAAAACCGAGGAGAUUGAAGAAAUGGGAAAUAGUAAAAUCUCCGAUGAGAAAAUAAUAAUUGAGCGAAUUGUCGACGCAUCGAAUGAGUCUAAAAGUGAUGACGAGAAGCUGCAGAACAAGCAGCUCUCCGCAGCUGUUGUGAAACAUCCACAAACGACGGUUGUUAAUAUUUCCACUACGAGCACUACCGUGGCAAAUGGAGGAGUGAGUGUCACCAGCAUUACUCGGGCUAGUGACAGCAAUGAGAAGAAGUGGAAGUACCAAGGUCCACCGACCAUCAAUUUCACCACCUGGAACGAGCGUCCAAAGAUUGACGUAUCGAUCAAAUCCGAUCGGGACUACCGAUUCGGGGGAAGUUCAACGCUGCCCAGAGGUUAUAGAAAUGUAAAUAACACAACCAAAAUUAAUGUUAAUACUACUCCAGCGCCAUCCAUCGAUAGCGAGAACGGCAUCAAUCGUCCGGACUCUUGCGAACAUGUGCCAUUGAAAAUUGCUGGAGCGCAUUCCCUUUCACCACAACCUCAGGAAGCGAACCGCUUGGAACCAGUGUCAACUCCGAAUCCGGAUCGGCUACCAAUUGUUCGUGCCGUUGAAUACAAGAAGAACAUUGUACCACCCCCAGUUGCCCAAAAACCAUCCGAAAAGCACUACUUCUACGAUACCUUCUCUCGCACGUCCACGACUCCCGCAGCUCCGGCUUUCAACAGACUCAGUUUAGGCUGUAACAAAUUCCAGCCAAUAGUACGGGGCUUCAAAUCCAUGGAUGAGGCGGAUUCAGCCCCCUCAACACGACCCGCAUCGAUGAUCGAAUCUACGAAUGUCUCUACUGCCAUUCUCAGAACCGUUCCAAGUCGACCAGAGAAACCCGCACCCGCUGAGGCAACAGCACUUCCCUUCGGCCAGAACACGUUGCGCCGAACUGGUCUCAAGGAUAAAAUUCUCGCUCAAUCCUCAGUGGUGGAACUCCCAUCCACACAAACAGCCAUCGUUUCCGUUCAAGAACCCGUCGCACCACCCCCACCCCCACCAUUAGCUCCAAAACUGACCACCCCUGUCGUUCGGGGUGCAAUCGUGAAGAAGCAACUGCCACCGGCCGAGGUUGAGCCUCGAAAUGCCCUCCUAGAGGCCAUUCGAAAUUUCAACAAACAUCAGUUGCGCAAGGAGUCCACGGAACAAUCGCCGCAGUGAGAUUUGUUCUAAAUUUUAAACUCACCUUUGGUUUUAUUUUGUUUUUUUCGCGCCCAAAAGUUUUCGCUCAAUGCGAAAUCCAAGCUCAAAUGGUUACAACACAUUGAAGUAGCUGUAGUAGAAUCGUUAUUAAUUUAUUUCUUUGUUAUUCUCUUUUCGCUCUAUUCUUAUCCACUUCGCAACAAUCGCGAAUAUGAAUUCUUUUUUUUUCAGAAAUUUUUAACAGCGCCCUUUUCAGUGUUUUUAAAAACAUAGCACUUUUAAUCAACACUUAAUAAAUACUUAUGCAGAGAAUAUACAAAUUAUUUGACACAGAACCAAAGGUAAAUGGUGUUUACAUGGAACAGAAUACGUUUCAAGCGGGCGGGAAACCAACUUGAAUGCACAAUUCAACUAUUCAAGAUUUUAUUUAGGCUAGUUUUUUUCCCAUAACGAACGCGAAGCAGGACGGUAAAAGGUCUUUGGCUAGUGCCAACUGGUUGAGAUAUGAAUAUAAAGCCUUGAAGUAGAUAAUAUAAAUUGAAUUCACAUAUGCAGCAAAAGCACUAACGAUGCUACAUAACAACACCCUCACAAACAAAAUGUUAAAACAAAAAAAAAAAACAAGAACACUCGGGUAUUAUUCGAUAAAUUUUUUAUACAGUCCCAUUAAAAAUUUUACCACUUUGCCUGGUAUAUUCUACGGAAUCGAUACGAUCGCCUUAUAAAAUAAAUACAAACAAACGCGCACGAAAAGCUUUGUGCACGGAUGGAUUUUUAAAACAGAUGAAACAUCAGUCAUUAAUGAUUAGGUUGUAACUUAUAGUUGACUAGAUUCAUAAUACAAUGUAACCGAUGAGUAUCUAGACGGUGAAACGGAUGAAACUUGAAGCGAGAGUGUAAAUUUUAACGUGAACACGUAUUUUACAAUAAACUGAUAUUAUACUAA